ACGCGCACGGUGAAACGAUGCCAGGAAUAAACAAGAAAGAGAGAAACAUUAAUAAUACACGUCAGGAGCUCCGAGCUCCGACUUUCAGUGAACGCACCAGCUAACUACAGGAAGUAAGGAGGUGGUGGUGGUGUGUGUUUUUUUUGUUCAGUCGGUAGCGAGUUGAAGCUAACAACAAUCAGGCUACACUGCAUUACUACAGCCGCCGUGAAGUUAUGGCACGUCGCACCACCGGGAUGAUUCCAUCGGCGACUUGAUUCGCCAAAAUAUGUUGGCUGACAACUUCCCAGUGUCACCGUCGAUUGGAGCAAACGACAUCGCGGACCAAACGUUAGCUAGAGCAACGACAGCAAGCUGAGUAGCAUGCUGGACGUGGGGAAGUGGCCAGUGUUUGCGCUCCUUCCUCCUGAAGAACUACGCCUUAUCCGGCAGGCUUGUGUCUUCGGCAGUGCUGCAAACGAAGCCCUCUAUGUCACAGUUAAUGAUGAGGUCUUUGCGCUUGGCACCAACUGUAGCGGCUGUUUAGGGCUUGGAGAUCUUCAAAGCACUAUUGAGCCGCGCAGGAUUGAUGUCUUGUGUGGGAAGAAGAUUGUGUCUCUAAGCUAUGGAACAGGACCACAUGUGGUUAUCGCCACUGCAGGUGUUCGCAUGGGGUUACAACAACUCAGGCCAAGUCGGUUCGGGGUCCACUGCCAAUCAGCCGACCCCGCGGCGGGUCAGCAGUUGCCUGCAGAACAAAGUGGUGGUUAACGUAGCCUGCGGUCAGCUCUGCUCCAUGGCUGUUCUGGAAAAUGGAGAGAUCUAUGGUUGGGGCUACAACUGCAAUGGACAGCUUGGUCUGGGCAACAAUGGAAAUCAGCAGACACCAUGUAGGAUCGCUGCUCUCCAAGGUGUCAACAUUGUCCAGGUCGCCUGUGGAUAUGCACAUACAUUGGCACUUACAGAUGAGGGGUUUGUUUACGCCUGGGGAGCCAACUCAUAUGGGCAGUUGGGAACAGGAAACAAGAGUAACCAGGCUCUCCCAACUCAAAUAAACACCGACAAGGAGAGGAUGGUGGAGGUGGCUGCAUGUCACACCAGCCACACGUCAGCUGCCAAGACCCAGAGUGGGCAGGUUCUGAUGUGGGGUCAGUGUCGAGGUCAGGCUGUGGCCAGCCCCCACGUCACCCACUUCAGCAGCACAGACGACGUGUUUGCGUGCUUUGCCACACCUGCGGUCACGUGGCAUCUCCUCUCAGUAGAUGGUGACGACUACCUGACCGUGGCCCAGUCUUUGAAGAAGGAGUUUGACAGUCCAGAGAUUUCUGACCUGAAGUUCUUGGUUGAUGGGAAGUGUAUCCAUGUUCACAAAGCCCUGCUGAAAAUCAGGUGCGAGCAUUUCCGCUCGCUGCUGAACGAAACGGAUGAGGACGCCAUAGAAGUCCACCAGUUCUCGUACCUGGUGUACAGAGCCUUUCUGGAGUACCUCUACACAGACACUAUUAACCUGCCACCAGAGGAUGCUAUUGGCCUGCUGGACUUGGCCACGUUCUACCGAGAGACGAGGCUUAAGAGGCUGUGCCAGGAAGCGAUCAAGAGGGGCAUCUCCGAGGAGAACGCCAUCACGCUGCUCUCUGCCGCUGUCAAGUAUGAGGCGCGGGACCUGGAGGAGUUCUGCUUCAAGUUUUGCGUCAACCACCUAACGGCUGUCACGCAGACACAAGCCUUUGCGGACAUGGACCACGACCUGCUCAAGAACUUCAUUAGCAAAGCCAGUCGCUACGGGGCAUUCAAAAACUGACUAGAGUGCCCCCCCCCCCCCCCCCGUAGUGAUGAGCUCACUCAGCUCCUGAGUGAGUCGACCCCAGACCAAAGUAAACACAAGGCUGAUCAGUGCUUCAAAGCCUCGUCGCCGGGGUGUGAACACUGCAGAGGCACACGGUUUAAGGUUUCACCCUCUAGCUGAUGCGUCUGCGUUCCUGCCCUGACCUUGCCCAUGCACAGCGGUUGCUCGGUGGGCGAAUUACUCCACUCCGCUCAGUCACAAGCAGUUGUGCCACACUGGUCGCCUUCUUGUCACCUUUGUUUUUUUUGACCAUAUGCUCGGCCGAUUCGGUAUCUGAUUUGUUCGAUCGAGCUUUUCACCAGACAGAUGCUGUGCAAGGGUUUUUCUCGCAGCGGCAGCAGCAGCAGCAGCAGCCGGCUCAGACAGAAAGACCUGAAAUCACUUGACUGGGUUAAUCAUUACAGUGCCAGGGUUUGGUGUCGAGGUGUACCUAUUGUUUUAGUCACUGCCCCUAUAUCAGGAAGAAGAACAAAGUGGCAUAUGGCUCUGUAGCGCACAUCUCGUCUGAUCGGCGGUGACAGAAAGUGAUCGGAAAAAACAAGCAGGUCAAACACGAGUUGACCUUUCACCAUUGUUCCGCUUUACGUCGAAGCCUCGACGUUUUAGAUUGAGAAGUAGUAUUUUAUGAUGGGGGAACCAGCAAGCUGUUUUACAAACGGAUUUUUUUUUCCUCAACAAUCAAGAGUUUGUAUCUGAUCAAUGACAAUAUCUGUUCUCUUGUUGAAGUCCAUGUAAAAUUUUGCCACUUUGUUUUAUACUGUAGCUCUUCACCUUUGCCAUCCAAACCUAAGGUUUCUGUUUGAUGGAUGUAUUGGCAUUGACAUUUGAUCUGAUAGAAAAACAAAGUCGCAGGCAGUCACACUUUGCGAGAGAUAAGGACAUCCUCCUGCAUGUUUACUUGCGUUCAGAUUAACCCUCUCACUGCAGCUGGAAACACGGUCAGACUUAUACAGGCAUGCCGACGGUCCCUGUGUAGCAUGCCGACGACGUUUGGUAUAUUUACAAAAAUUUGGUUGUCAUUGCGGGGUUUUUUUAAUCGUUAAUAUGUUGGCAGCACACUUCUGUUUCUUUUUACAAGUGUGUCGUUGUGUCUCUCCCCUGGUAGUGGCCUCUGGCGAUUAAAUACUGCUAGGUUACUGUUAAAUGCCAACUGCGACUAUACUGAAUAGAGUCUUUAUAUUAUAGGGCCACAAGGUCUAUUAAAUGUAGUUCCCAGAUAAUUCCACAUUAAAUUCCUUUAUCCGUCCAAAUAGAAUGUAAUAAAAUGCAUUUACUUUAACAAGCUAAUCAUUUUUAUUUGCUUUUUUUUUUUUACGUUUUGAUAAUAACUAAAAAAAAGCCUGUUUUGUAUGAAAGAUCCUGUACACUGCUGACAGCGUAACUUAUGGCAACAUUAUAUAUCUAAAAUUGAUUAAAAAUGAAUAACUGCA